AUGUCCAACCAGAUCAUCGGCAAGAUCGACGGCAUGAACGACCGCCUGAACGAGCUGGAGAAGUCCCUCCAGACCCUGAUGGAGCAGGCCGACGCUGCUGCCGCCGCGCAGGGCACCAACAACGGUGACAACUAA